GGCAUGAAAGCGGAGCAGCGGUGCCGCGGAGCUCUCUCCGGCUUGACGCCCGGGCAAGCUUAGCCAGGGCUGGGCCCCGACGUUAUGAAAAGUGCGAGGCUGUGAUGUCAUACCUUUGUGAACGGCCUCUGGAUGGCAAAGUGACGAAAAUGCCUACCUCCCUGUUGGUGUUGCAAAGGAUGGUGAUCUGCUGUGGGUACCUGGUGGGAAAGUGCAAGUUGGAACCCAUUCCUUUGACAGCAGGAAUGAAGACAGGUCUCCCAGGAAGGUCGAACCCUUCCUGAUGGACAAAUAUCCAGUCACCAACAGAGAUUUCCGGGAAUUUGUACGCGACCGAAAAUACAAAACAGAAGCAGAAGAGUUUGGCUGGAGCUUUGUCUUUGAGGAUUUUGUACCAGAGGCACUGAAGAAGAAAGUGAUGCAGAAGCUGGAGUCUGCACCAUGGUGGCUGCCAGUCGAGAAGGCGUUCUGGAGGCAGCCUGCAGGCCCCGGAUCUGGCAUCAAGGACAAACUGGAUCAUCCGGUUCUGCACGUCAGCUGGAACGACGCCCAAGCCUUUUGCGCGUGGAAGGGGAAGCGGCUUCCGACAGAGGCGGAGUGGGAGCUGGCGGCCAGGGGAGGCCUGCAAAACCGGCGGUACCCCUGGGGAAACAAAUUCCUGGCCAAUCGCACCAACCUCUGGCAGGGCAGCUUCCCCAGCAUCGACACCGCCGAGGACGGCUUCCACGGCGCUUCUCCAGUGGCCGCUUUCCCCCCACAGAACAACUACGGCUUCUACGACCUGCUGGGAAAUACGUGGGAGUGGACGGCCUCGGAGCAUCGCCCGGACGGCCCCAGGGCCCGCCAGCCCGCCCAGGAGACGAUGCGCGUCCUGCGGGGAGGCUCUUGGGUGGACACGGCCGACGGCUCGGCCAAUCACAAGGCGGAGGUGACCACGAGGAUGGGGAACACCCCCGACUCGGCCUCCGACAACCUUGGCUUCCGCUGCGUCGCUGACCCCCCCACGCAGCCGGCCCCGGAAGCUGUGAGUGGAAAAGCCGAGCUCUGAAGCAUCCAGGAUUCCGCUUUCUCCUGUGGAGACAGGCCACCCUGCUGCGGGGAGAAGAUGGUUUCUUGUGGAAAUUAGCUGCAGGAAAGGACGCGGCGCUGCGGCAAAUUAUGCGCUAAAGGACGUUGCAGAGAAACGGGUGUCUCUUCGGAGGUGCGGGCAGUGUGCGUGCUGUCAGGGAUUCCCUUCUUGAAGGUGCCGUUAGACUGGAACACAGCGGGAGCAAGAGAAGCUGGGAUCUCCUGGCUCAGGCAUGUCUCUUCUGCAGCUCUUCAGGGUUUCAGAAGAGGGUGUUUCUCAGGUCCAACAGGAGGUGCUGGGGGGAAAUUGGGACCCUGCGGCUAAGCAAGGAAUCAUCGAAUGGUAGAACAGUAGAGUUGGAAGGGGCCAAGAAAGCCAACAGGUCCAACCCCCUGCUGUUUCAGGGCCACCAGCUUACACCGUCCCACUCGGGUGAUUGUGCCAAAUGAAGUAAGAUUCUAGUCCUCAUUGUGCCAAAUAAAGAGCUGUUUUAAAGGGGAGCUUGGGAACUGCCUUAUAUGGAACCAACCUCACCCUUGCAGCGCUGCAGGACGUCCGGGGGACCUGUCGGCUGCAUUCAGUACCAGAGGUCCUCUCGGGGCAGGUGGUGGCUGAGGUGGGACUCCAGCAGCAGGUGGCAGGGUAGGGAUGGGGGUGUAGGCGGAAAAAUGUCCCCCAGCGCCUGGCAGGCCACCCACGAGUCGUCAGGGGACCUUCUGUCUGAGCAUGUACAGCAUUGCGCACUAAAGCUCUCCCACCGAUGGGUCGGCCGUACCAGAGGCAUGGUGGCCUCUGAGAAGGGGGUGGGAAGCUGCCAGAAAGGCUGGCUUUGCAGCACUGGCUGGCAGCUGUGUCUCUGCGGGGCUUCAGGUGCAGAUAUGCCUGAUUCCACCUGAAGAUAGGGGUGUGUGUGUGUGUGUGUGUGAGAAGUGUAAGUUCAGUCUCGAAUGCCUGAUUCCACCUGAAGAUAGGGGUGUGUGUGUGUGUAAAGUGUAAGUUCAGUCCCGAACGCAUUAGAUAAGUGGGGGGAGUGAAGACUCUCCAAUUGUGGCAGGAUUGGCUAAGACCCCCCCCCCAACUUCCUGACCAUCUGUUCCCAUCGACACCUUUGUGCCUUCCAUCUGUUUGGACAACCCCUCUUGGCUCCACACACGCUUGGCUGGGAGCUGCCACCCAAAACGUGUUGUUCUGUACUAAAAUGUCAUUGUCCGAUGGAGGCAAGCCAAGCCUGAGAAAGAACGCACAUUUAUUGACCUUGAAAUGGGCUCUCUUUCCAGCAAACAGGGAACAUUCCCUUUCAAAAGCACAGCUGUAAUAAAUAGUAAUAAAUACUCCACA